AAAUUGGAUAGAAGAAAUGAAAGAGGGAAAAUGUAACGGGCAAGUCGACUUGGGCAUACGCUUUUUAAAUGAAUAUCAAAAAGGAUCUGCAAAGGACAAUACGAUUUGGCAAACAAUUUAGUUCGAAUCGCUUUCGGUUGGCAAAUGUUUACAGUCGCAGCACUCGAGCACAGAUUUGCCGAUUCGGGUAUAAAAUGUGUGAGAGUAGUUGGUGUAUGAAUCAGUCAUUCGAUUCAAUUAGCACAAGAUGCAGACACUGAAUCGACUAAUUGUCUACUGCUGUGUGCUGCUCCAUCUGUUUGGGGGAAUUCGAGCUGGACUUUUUCUCAGCCGCAACGGGUAUAUCUACUGCAAAUGGUCGAGUCGGGGAUUAUGUGACAAAUUCGGGCCUAGAUGUGUGCAGUACAUGGAUGGCACGAUGAACUAUUGCAAGCAUUACAAAAACGAAUGCCAAUUUCUGAUUGACCAGUGUCUGUCUAGAACAGAGUUUGGUCGCCAGGGUAUGCCUGUGCCUUUUUCUCCAGGCUGCAGGAAUAUUGGUAUCAACCAAAUGGGCAUGUGUGGAACAUAA